GGCCAUUAUUUGACUGGAAAUUCUCUGACUGAAGUUUAUGUCUAAACAUGUAAAACAAGAUAUGAUUUGAAGACGCAAAUCUCAGCUCAGCUUUACUGAACACACUUGGAGGGAUUGCUAUGGCAACUGGUUGCUAUGGGUGAUGUGACACCACUACAUGCUCAUCUUGGCGAGGGAAAGAGGGAGUUGGACCACAGAGGAGAGGAAUGGAAGCGGAGAGCCGCGGAUUUUAUUUUGAUUGCUGAACAAAUCGACGAGCUUGGUUGAAAAAGUUGUGACAGCCUUCUGUCUCUGGGCGGACAGCCGUGAUGGAAGACGUCUCUCUCCCUGCUUAUUUCGGGUCUCCAUCACCCUCCCACUGAUGAAUCCUCUUCAGUAACAACAGAAUGGCUCUAAACAGGAACCUGUUGAUCACGAAUGUGGCGAAAAUGGCCGCGUGCCCCUGACCCGUGCCGAGGAACUGGAGAGGAUGGCCGAGCAUCUCCACAGCAGCACGCUGUCUGCGUCUGGGGCCACCCAGCCCAUCCCUUUCCUCACGCUGGAACAGAAGGCUGCCUUCGUCUUCGUCCUCCUCCUCUUCAUCUUUCUGGGGCUGCUGAUCGUGCGCUGCUUCCGAAUCCUUCUGGAUCCGUACAGUAGCAUGCCGAGUUCCACAUGGACAGACUAUAUGGAAAAAGACACGUUCGACUACCGCAUUGCCUGAGCUGCUAGCCAGAUUUCAGGCUAGGAGACAUGCGAUGAUUACCUCACACGCACACACUCACACACACACACACACACGCCGACACACACAACCACCAACCCACCUCCUCCACCUCAGAGCCGACUGUACCCCUCAAGUGUUGUUGUUUCGUGAUGGUGGUUUUGUGUACUUGUGGGUCUGGAUUUUCCAUUUGAAAACUGCACUUAAACCCACUUUCAUGUCUCAUGCGUUCUGACAGGGUUUUUUCAACUCAUAGCUUCCACCACUGAUGUCACGUUCAGCAUGGCUGAAAAGUCUAAGCGAUGAAUCUUUUAUGUUUAAAACCAGCCGAAUAGCUUUAUUACAGACAAACAAUACGGUUAAUUAUUUUCUAUGUCCAAAGAAAGACAAAUUAACAAUUCCGAAAUUGGAAAAUGAAAAAGUAGGUUAAUCCAUUUCUCAAUGACUCAUUCCACACUUAUCAUAAAACCACAGUGCAUUGGUUCCAGGAUGAUUACAUUCUCUGAGCUCUUCGGUUUGGGACUCUUGAGCUUUGCGCCUUAUAAAUCCGCGUGUUUACAGAACAGCCAGAGAAACUUGCCCUGCUGUUAUUCAGCUAAAUGUCAAUCAAUGUACUGACCUACCAGCCUCUGUGGGCAAAUUGAAUGUUUGAUUUGCCAGGUCCUUUCCCCGCCUCUCUCUACAGUGUUCUUAAUAGGAGGAGUCAGAUUUCCUAUCUGUUGUUCUUCAGUAUUUGCUGAUGUUGAAAUGGACUGUUCUAUCAAACGUUUGUUUGCCGUUCUGCCCGGGCUAUCAGCGCAGUGUUAUUUUUCCUUCUCAAAGUCUGGUUCACCUGUGAUUUGCUUGACUUACAUGUUCAAUAGAAAUGAAGCUGAAAUAAACAGGUGCGAUAUGUGUCUUGCGUGCAGAGGAGGUCAAUAUUGCCAUUUAGGUGCAACUUAGCUAUUGCUUUCGAGUCAGUAUUGCAGCGGUGUUAUUUCUCCAUGACACCAACCUGCUGUUCUCACGAUGCACAUUGUGUCUUAGCUGAGUGGCGUGUACAAUAUAUUUGAGCCUUUAAAAUGCAGAGAGAUGCUGGUGACUUUAUUCAAACUGAAAAUGUGCCAUGUAGUUUACAAGUGGCUUUUGCAUUUUAAUGUGCUUUUAUAUUUGUUUCCAAAUAAAAAAAAAAGAUAUGUUUACAUCUCA